CCAAUCUUCUCCUUCCUCCUCCGCCCCGCAGCUCUCUUAUCCCAAAUCAUCCUGCCAACACUUGGGUCCCUCCACCAGUAGACUUUUUGAAGAUCAACGUCGACGCAGCUGUUUGUACCACCGGUUGUUCGCCUAGGCUUGUUAUUCGUGGGUCAGACGGGCAUAUGGUGCUGGCGCUCGGACUGCAGCAUCAAGGAAUAGUCAAUCCUUAUAUGGCAGAGCUUCUAGCUUUUAGAGACGCUAUCUCCAUCGUAGUCUCAAGAUCCUUGACCCACGUGAUAGUCGAAGGUGAUUCCGAAGUGGUGGUCAACCAAAUCCGUCAAGGCGUCAUUGAAGACUCGAUUGGAGGUCCGGUGCUACGAGAGUGUCUUGAGAUCCUUAGCUCUUUGUCUGUUUGUAUAGAGUUUAGGACGGUACCUAGAUCCGCCAACAGUGCUGCCCAUAGAGUGGCGCGUAAAGCACUGCUUUUGUCUCGUGUAGAGCUAGAAUCUUUUGAGUUUUUGGGGUGGCUUCUUUAGAUUCUGUUAGGGGUCCUGGGUAGAAUUGUAAGUUUAACUAUUUUCUUCCAUUGAUAUCACUCAGGAAAAAAAAAGACGUUGUUCGUGGGUUGCUGUUUGACUCCGGAAGCAAGUUUUUCAAGGUUUGUCUACUCAAAUCGAGAUCACCAUGUCGACAAAUCAACGUGGGAGGCAAAUUUACUAUUUAAGCAUUAAUAUAAUAACAAUUAUUUUUAUUAAAGUAUAUUUAUGAAUAUUAUAAUUUUUUUCAGCAGUAGAGUGUCACGUUGACGUGGUGGAAGUCAUCAGUUCGAACCAUCUUUUUCUGGUUUAUUCAUUUUAUAAUAAAAUGUAUAGGGUUUGCCCACCUCGCCAACCCGUAAGCUCCCAAGCAGUGGGAGGAGAUGGACUUUGAUCGCACGCCUGUUGAAGAAUGAGUCGGCGACUCAUAUGCAGUGGUUUGGUUAAGGGAAACCCACUGGAGCUGUAGCGAAAGCGAGUCUUAUAAAUUAAUAAAUUUAUUUUAUAAUAAUAUGAUUUACUUACUUUCCACCAUAUUGCACCCUUUGUUUUUUUCAUUCCAAACAACAAUAUUACUUUCCACUAUUUUAUAAUUUUUCGCUCAACUUACACCCUCUAAAAUUUGCACUUCUAGUUGCCAAACACAGCGGAUGAUAUCCGCCCAAUAGACUAGAUUAGUGUAUACGACUAGGGAUUGUUUGGAUUGAUCAAUUGAAAAACGAGACAAUUUGACUAAUUGUCCCAUUUUACAAAACGAAUAAUUUAAAACGGGGUAAAUUGCAAGAUUGAUAACUGAGAUGACUAAAAACGUCCACGUUUGAUCACUAAAAAUAAAAUUAGUUAAAUAACCCUCUGCGAUCUUUGCCAGGGCCUACAUAAAAACAUCCUGUGCCGAAACGGACUACUUGAAGGUAAAAUUCCUUAAAACAUAAAUGAAAACCCGAAGAAUGUUUCUCCCGUCUUAAAAAUAGCUCACUGGUAACCGCAUCACACCACGCAUCGAUAUCUUGUUGUGCCCCCUCCCUAAAUUCCGAUAUUAUUUCCUGCUUCUUCUUAAAAGCUAAUUUAUGUUGGUCACUCUCCGUCCAACUCCGUUAACUUUCGGCUUAUGUGGUGGUCAACUUUUAUAGUUGACCGUUAAAUAUAUGACGUGGCAGUUAAAAAAUAAUAAAUAUAAUCUUUUAAA